AUGGAAGAGCCACUGUCGUUCGAGAUGCCCCGGGACCCGGCGCCGCGGCAGGAGGAAGAAGCUGCGGGCGGCGGCGACGAAAGCAGCGAGACCGGCUCCUGCUCUGCAUCGUUCUCCGGGGGCUCUGACGACCUUGAGCCUGAAUGGUUGGACAGUGUGCAGAAAAAUGGGGAAUUAUUUUAUCUAGAACUGAGUGAAGGUGAAGAAGAAACUCUUCUUCAAGACAGCUCUUCGGAGGUGCCUGCAGUGAAUCAUGUCAGGUUCCGUGACAAUGAAGCUGAGGUAAUUCAAGAGGGACCACGAAAAGAAAGAAAGUAUGAACCCAGACUGAAAAAAAUCACCAAAAUUUUAAAAAAGAAAAGCCUUUUACCAAAGCAUUCUGGUAAGAAAGGAACUGGUGGUAGUUGUGGGCAUCCUUCUGGCCCAACCUCCAUACUGAAACACCAAUCCACUCAGAAGGUGGGAGUCAUAGUCCAGCAACGGUACAAAGAUGUAUGUGUUUAUGUAAAUCCCAAAAGACUACCCAAUGAUGGAGCAGGGGAAAAACUUAAGCUUCUGGAGGCAUUGGUAGGGAUUGUUCAUCAGUCUUCAUGGAGCAGCAGAAGAGCUGAAAAGCAAGGAGAACAAGACAGAAGCAACAAAGGGAUCAAUGAAGAGAAGCUUGUAGUUCAUGGCUUGGUCCCAGGCAGCUCAGCCAUAAAAACAGGUCAAAUCUUGAUUGGAGAUGCCCUUGUUGCUGUAAAUGAUGUUGAUGUGAAUGCUGAGAAUAUAGAAAGGGUUUUGUCUUGCAUUCCAGGCCCGAUGCAGGUGAAACUUACAUUUGAAACUUCAGUCUUUGAGCAUGAAGGAACAUCUCAACAAAGGUAUAAACAGGCACAGUCCGCUAUGAACAAUCUCGUCAAGUUUCUAUGGGGAGAAGAUAAUAUGGACCUUCAGCUGGCUAUCCAAGGCAUGCCUCAUAUUGUUAUGUACCUCACGCUUAAAUUGGACUCUGAAACAUCUAAGGAUGAGCAAGAAAUUCUUUACCAAUACCCCAUAUCAGAAGCAUCCCAAAAGCUGAAAAGUGUGAGAGGAAUAUUUCUCACUCUCUGUGAUAUGCUGGAAAAUGUGACUGGAGCCCACAUUAUCAGCUCAUCCCUUUUUUUAUGUGGGAAACUGGUUCAGGUGGUUUACUGGAAAGAAUCUGACAAGUUGCUUGUGAUUGGCCUUCCUGCGGAAAGUGUGCCUCUUUCUCAGCUAAGGAACAUGAUUACAGAUGUUGUCAGAACCUUAAAAUUUAUGUAUGGUUCUUUGGACAGUGCUUUUUGCCAGGUGGAAAACGUUUCCCGCUUGGAUCAUUUUUUCAACCUGUUCUUCCAGCGAGCAAUUCAGCCUGCCAGACUCAACUCGAACACCAGCCCCAGUGCUCAGCACUAUGAUAGCUGCAGUGCAUUGUUUUUAGACAAUCUCCCAGGGGUACGCUGGCUAACGCUGCCACAAGAAAUCAAGAUGGAAAUUGACGCAGCGCUGAGUGAUUUGGAGGCAGCUGAUUUUGCAGAGCUGUCUGAAGAUUACUAUGACAUGAGACGGUUGUAUAUGAUUCUGGGCUCUUGUCUCUUCUAUAAGGGCUAUUUGAUUGGCAAUCACUUACCAAAGGAGGAUCUUAUUGAUAUAGCUUUAUAUAGUCGACACUAUUGCCUGUUACCCUUGGCAGCAGAACAGAGGAUUGGUCAGUUAGUGAUAUGGCGAGAAGUAUUUCCACACCAUCACCUCCAAUCAAGUGAAGCUUCAGGUGUUACAGGAUACAGGGAGCCUAAAGCAAGAUACUUUUUACUAAUAGUUGGUUUGAGACACUUUAUGCUGUGUGUUUUGCUGGAGACAGGGGGCUGCACUUCCAAAGCCAUUGGGAAUCCGGGACCAGAUUGUAUAUACGUUGAUCAGGUCAAAGCAACUAUACUUCAGUUGGAAGGAAUAGAUUCCAGCAUAGAGGAAAGAUUAGAAUCUCCUGCCAUUCCAUGUCUGUCUUGUGCUGACUGGUUCCUUCCUGCAUCACGUGACAAACUGGAAAGCUUUACAACCCCACCCAUCCUCAGUAAACUGCAAAAUACUUCCAAAAUCACAACCUCUCCAACAAGCAAGAGAACACUCUUCGCUGACUCCUCCUUAAGGACACGUAAGCCCAGUCCCUCAAGGAGCAGUGGAGGAUCUGACAAUGGCAGUGAAGGUCCUGAAGAAGGUGGAGGCCUUAACCUACUUUCUACAGUAGAUCAGGUCCGAAAGCACGAACUAAAAGAAUCCCAAGGUUUUGGUGGGUCUGAGGGAAGUGGUAGCUUGUUCAAGGUCACUAAAAAGAAACAUACCCUUCCAAAUCCUUUUCAUUUAGGAAACCUGAAAAAGAAUCUUUCAGAGAAAGAUACGGAACUCUAUAAUGCUGUCAAGUUGACAUCUGGUCCUGAGAACACCCUCUUCCACUAUAUUUCUUUAGAAACAAUGCAAGGAAUCUUUAUUACUCCUACGCACAAAGAAGUACAACAGCUCAGUGGAUCCAUCCACCCUCAGCUAAUCAAGAAUUUUCAUCGUUGCUGUCUUUCAAUUCGCUCCAUUUUCCAGCAGGCUGUGAUGAAAGAAAAAAAGAAAAAUGCAGACAGUGGGAGCAAUUCAGAUUCCAGAAAAGCAAGUUCUGACCUCAGUCUAGUGAGAGAACAUGGGGUUUUGUUUGAGUGUUCCCCUGAUAACUGGACUGACCAGAAGAAACCACCACCAACUAUGACUUACUGGGUUGUAGGGAGACUCUUCCUACAUCCAAAACCUCAGGAGUUUUAUGUCUGUUUUCAUGAUUCAGUCACAGAAGUUGCUGUUGAACUGGCUUUUAAACUGUCCUUUGGCUUAGCUAUAUAG